AUGGCGGACGAAAACGAGGAAUAUCUGCAAUUCGUGGCAGUUCAUAAAAGUCAGUUAGAAUUUGCAGGUAUACCUCUUCACUUCUGGAAAUCAAUUCAUAAAAAGCUGAAGAAAGAGGUAAGUUGAGUUUUUCAGAGCUGAAUUAAAUCUUGCUGAGGCUGUAAUGAUUUUUUGAAAAUAAUUAUUUCUCGAGCUCUUUUAGCACGUGGAAUCAAACAGCCUGAUCUUUCCGUAGAAUUUCACUGCACUGCAUCCUUCUUGAUUGUUUUAUUUCGCAUUUUUUUGAAGCUUUUGCGGCGUUUUGAAGAUUUAACCGAACUGAGCAGAAAUCUUGCCUUAACUAUUCAGAGUUGUAUAUUUUCCACUGCAGACUUAUGAUGCUGGAUUAUUUUUUACAAUGGCUAAAGAUGGAGAUGGAAUUUUGAAAGUUUUUGUUACUAGUGAAGGUGGAAUGAAGGUGUCAGAUCCUAACUGGUAAAAAAAAAUUUUAAAAUUGUUUCUAUUAAGUAUGAUACACUGAGGGUACUGACUUACAUACAAGUUUCUAAGGCAGAAGCUGAUGAGUGCAGAGUGAAAUUGGUUGCAAGGGGUAAUCAAAGGAGAUAUACUAUUAAAUAUAGCUCAUUUAUGUAGGGAAUACAGUUGUACAAAAUAAUGAUAUAAAAUAUCCCAUAUUUUUUCCAUCAAAUAGCAAAAGCUAGUGUGAAGGUGGGCUCAUUUAAACACUAGUUUCACAAUACUGCUUAAUUGUGUUAUUUUACACAUGAACAUGGUUUAAUCCUUUGAGAAGGGUAGUUACUAAAACAAGGAAUGACCUAAAAUGACCUUAAAUGACCUUGAGUGAUUUCUAAAAUGACCUAAAAUGACCUAAAAUGACCCUGAGUGAUUUCUAAAAUGUACUGAACCGACCUAAAAUGACCUUGAGUUUGAGGUGCCAACAAAAUCUGGAUCGGACUGGAUCAGACCAGAUCAGACCGAACUAGAUCACAGAUUGGAUCUCAGACUAGAUCAUGGAUCAGAUCACUGACUGGAUCACAGAUUGGAUCAUGGAUUAUGGAUCGCAUCAUGUAAAAUAAAAUCAGAAAUUUUGCAUGACAAGCCAAAAUGAAGUCUGUGUGACAAAAUAGAGCAUAGAUUCCUCUGGGAUUUUGUUUUUUGCCCAUAAACCCCAUGAAGUCACUUUCAUGGCUGUGUUGUGGAGUGUUGUGUAGUGCCACUGGAUGCAAGAUGGUACUGUGUCAAUGGUUGCCCCUAGUUAAAUGUUGAUCUCCUCCAAACACCAGAAUUAUCAGACCAAAUAAAAAAAAUGAAUGCUGGCAGAAUUUCAUUGAGUAAAUGCUAUGCUUAGUUCUAUGAUUUUUGAGAAAUUAUUUUUUUUCUUGUAAUAUAAGUAGACUUUCUGUGAUGAUCUUGUUGGUUGGUGGGGGAGUGGGUAUAGAUAUUUUCUUGAACCAAACAAUGCAGAAUUCAAUGAUUUAAUGAGGUGUAUUUAGUGUAGCUGUCUUCUGUUAUUCUGUUUACAGUGUGUUUUUAAUUGAUCAUGCCUGGACAUACCAAGUGAAUUUUGCAAGAGCUCAGCUUAAGACAGUCCCUGGUCUUGCAGACAGAAUGGGUUCUUUAAUGGGAGUAACAAGUAUGAUACCACAAACACUUACUUUUCAUUAUUGUAGGAUAUUAUGUGGAGUGAUAAGCCUAAUUUCUUACAUCAACAAUUAUUUUAAUUAUAAUUUUUUUACCCUAGAAGAUGAAGAAUCAUCUCAAUCAAGUCAGGAACAACUUAUUGAAGCAAUCUUGGAAAAGAUGUGGAGGUCAGUUCUCCUUAAUUUCAUGGCUGCAAAUUAUCUUUGUUUCCUAGUGAGUCUUAAGUGUUUGUUAAUUGUCAGAGUGACUCUCUCUACCCAAAUUUCUGGUCAUUAAUUAUUUUCCUCAUAUUUUUGUGUCCCUCAGCAAAACUGACUGACAAAUUAUUACUCAGGCAUUUUCUUUUAAAUUACUUUGGAACUUUUUAACAAUUUGUAUUUGGAAAAGCAACUCAGUUUUCCAUGUGGCAUCUUGUAAGGGUCCUCACUUAACUGAAAUGCCUAGUAAUUAACAUGAUGUCUUUUGUUUAUGCACAUAUCAAAACUAAAAGUUUAAGGAUUUCUUUCUGUUUUGUUAUGAUGAAAUCUCUGUUUAAGUUUUUGUGGCUUGUAGGGUAAGUCAGGUCAGAUAAACCAAAAUUUGAUUUAGGACUUACUGGUGCAUUCCUGCAUUUUGUUCUAAAAUUUUAAUUAUCCUUACAUUUCUUUAAUUUAUAGUUUUAACCAGAAUUACCGCUUAAAGACGGUAAGUAUCUUUUUAUAAUUUGUGAAUGUAUGCUUCUGUCCUAAGUUUAAGUACUUCUAAAAUCAACUAUCUUUGCCUCACAGUAGGUGCACACUGUACAUGUCUUCUCUAAAGCUUAUAUGUGUUAAAAGAAAGACAGUUUGUUUAAUGCAGCUACUACAUAUUAUUUUAUAAAAAUGCUUAAUGUGUGUUUAGUUGCUUGAUAAUUUAAAACUGAUUAAAAUUUUUAAAUUUCCAAUAUAUUUUCAUAUUGCAUGUCAAUGUGAAUUGUCUUGGUGGCAAAACUUCUUUUGCUAGAGUUAGUGAUUGCCCAGAGGCAAGAUAGCAAUUUUUAUGAUCUUUAAAUACAGUGUAAGCAUAUGACUGAUUAUUUAUCACUUCUGGGGUAGUUAACAAGUUAAACACUCAGAGUAAAUGGAUUUUCAAAUUGCAAGGUGGUAAACUGUCUUAUAAUCUACAUGGUAGCCUCUUAUUCUCUUGAUUUGUUUAAUUAAUUUUAAUUCACAGUUUCUCAAGUAAUAGCCUUGCUUGUCUGGUAACAACAGAUCUAGAGUAUUUUUCUUAAUUCUCUAGACUUAUUCAGAAAGCCACAUGUAUCAAAAGGAUGCUCAUAAUGAUGAUGAACAUACUCCUCUGUGGUUUGUCAUGGAUGAGUUUGGUUCAUGUAUAAAACAUUCAGAUGACCCUUCUUUUGCAAUUGGUAUUCUUCAUUAUGUACCUCUUGGCAUGGCCUUCUCAUUAUUAUGGCCUUUGAGAGAUAUGGAUUAUGGAGGUAUGUUGAUAUUUAUGGUAACCUACAUUUGUGAGCAGGAGUAAUGCUGUUUGUCCACAACUGAGUUUGAGUGUAGAAACUAGGUAGCAAUUAGGUUUGAUAACCAGCUGCUUUGAGGAAUGGAGCCCAUGAUGUUUGUGGGAGGAUCAAAGAUGAGCUGUCCAAAAUUUUCUGCCUAUUACCAAACAUGGAAGAGUAUUUUUGUCCUUGUGUGUCAAAAAUUUGAUGGGGGUGAUGAAGCUGCACUGUCUGGUCUAGUUUGAUUUUAAAAUAAUCUUUAAAGAACCUUCAAUUUAACCAGAGCUCUUCAUAGCUCUCUUCUUAAUCAACCCUUCAUUUGCCUUCAGUGGCAUUAAUUAAAUGAGUGUCUGUGCUACUCAUAAGAUGGUCUUUACAAUCAAUUACUUCUUUAAGCUUUCUGUAAAAUGUUAUCAACUCCCACCUCUCCCUUUUGGGUAUUGUAAAUUAUUUGAACUGCAAUUGCACACACUUCUUUUUUCCUGCAGAUGAAGUUACACGUGAUUAUGUAGCACCCAUCACAGAACCACUUCUACGGGAUUGCUCUCUGUUGUCUUGGUUCCCUGAUAAGCUGGAAGAUGAAAACUGGAUUAAACAGUUGACUUCUGAAAGAGCAACAGAACUUGUUAGGGAGGAACUCAGUGCAAUGCAGAAGAAGGUUUGACUGCUGCAUGACUGACAUUUCAGAUAGAAAGAUUUCUUGCUACAGUUAUGUAUGAAUUAUGUUAGUAACUGUUAGGUUAACUUAACUGCUGAUUGAUUGACUGACUAGUUGGUUGGUCCAUUAAGUGACUGUACAAACUGAUUUAUUUAUUCCUGUAGGACUGGCAGGGUGAAGUUUAUCCUAACCUUGAAAUUACAGAACUUACUACUGCAACACCUGACAGUGAAAAAAUAUAUCGUGUUUUCACUGAUGUUGAACAAGUGACAGAUUUUCUUACACAUCCAAGAUUUGUUCUGGUAGACAGUAAAGAAGAAGCAGAUAUUCUAUGGAUAAGGGAGCAUUUUAAAGAUUUUAGGUUGGUUUCAAUGCCCACAUCAGAUGAUUGUUAAGCUUUGAUAUCCUGGACUAUAUGUAGCUUAUAACAACAAUAAUACUCAAGUCAACAAUAAUUACUAGCGAGCAAAGAUAUGUUAAUUUUAAUGAAAAUUAGUCAUCAUUUACAGGAUUAAUUUGUGAUGAAAGGUUUUUCAAUUGCCCUAAAGAUACAUUGGUACUUAGAAAUGUAUUUCUACUCACCAAGUGUAUUAAGACUAUUCACUGUUGAGUGACAGUAUGCAGGACGCCUGUCAUAUAUGAACUUUCGUAAUGGGCUUUGCUCACCAUAGAGUCUCUGUGGCUCAGUAGGAGAACAUUGAAGCGCAGAAUCCGAAGGUCUGUGGUUUGAUUCCUCAUUGGGACUCUGAACUUUUUUUCUCUGUCCCAUGCUCAUGGCGAGACGAAAAAGUAUAUUUCUGUAUUAAGACUGUUCAUUUCAACUUCAUCAAAACAUUCUCUUAAAUAAGGCUGGUGUUCGUGUUUUAGAUCUCUUCAAGAUUAUGGUAAAUUUAUAAACCAAUUUCCCAGUGAGAACAGCCUGGUAUGCAAAGAUCUCUUAGCAGCAGUGUGUCAAAAUGCAACCCCCUAUGGAGAUGGCAAAGAAAAUGACUUGCUUGUUAGAGGACCUGAAUGGCUACCUGUUACAUUCAAUUUAAAUUUGGAACUUCCUCUCUUUCUUGAUCACUACAUCAAGAGAAAGAAGAGGUGCGUACACAUUAUUUUAUUAGCCGGAAAAUAUAGAAGACAUAUUUUGAUAAAGUAUGGUUGCAUGUACUUACUAUUUCUUUUACCGGUAAAAUAUAGUGCUUUGGUUUUAAUGCUUUGCUAUAAUAUGUUACGAACUUGUGUACCACUUCCUCGUCUAUGCGAGCGCCGUUCUUUGAUUGGAUACAGUUUGGAAGCAUCAAAAAGUAACUCACCUAGGAUUUUCCUUAGUUAUACCUUACUUCCUUAUGCUGAGAAAACGUUAUAUGUAAUGGUUGACUUUUGACUGCUAUCCUUGUUUGCUCAUCGACUUGCGUAACCAGUUACGGAACUAUACACGAAAUCGGUCUUUUUGGUAUUGAAAUAUCACUAGUUGUAGAAGAACAGGGAAAAACACACAUGCAUAAACACGCAGAAAAGACACUAGUCACAGUCACAAAUAAGACUGAAGAGGAAAGGAGGUUUACUUUACACUAGAGAAAUCCUCCAUGUUUAUAUGGGAGAGAACUUGUCAUAGGUCCUUUCUUUGGUAUUUUUUCAAGUGAUGUACUUAUUUUAAGGAUAAGUCGACUUCAAUUCUUACCUUGACUAAUUCGUUUCAUCUUCUGAGGUAUUGAUUAAAACAUCAACCUUCCUUGCCUUUCGAUUCCUUUUUGAAUUCUUCUUCAAUGUGACAAGUGAGAGUGCUAGUUUAUAAUUGCUAGCGUGGAUGUGUAGACGCGUUCAGUUUGGCGCGAAAACUGUGAGCGACAACCUCGAUCCCAUGCAAAGGCGACUUCUGAGUAUUUACGUCGCUUACAGCGGGAGCGGAAGCGAGUUUCAGAGUUUUUAAUUGAUGAAGAUACAGAUUUUUGGCCAAAAUAAAAUUGAAGAAGUUAACUAAAUCCUCAGUAUAAGUUUCGUCAUGGAAUGGCUCUGUUUAUUUACUUUAGGCUUAUUUCCGCCACUUUUUAUUUCAGAGGGCUUGAUAACCACUGGAUUUGUAAACCGUGGAAUCUAGCAAGAGCCCUCGAUAGCCAUGUAACGGGAAAUUUAAACUACAUACUGAGACUGAGAGAGACAGGGCCAAAGGUUUGUGCAUAGAUAUUUUCAUGGAUAAAAUAGCUGUUUAUGAAGUGAACUAGCCCAUCUUUAGAAUCAAAAAUUGAUGGCGAUUAUUUUGCAAAAGGAGAAUAUCUACAUAUUCUCUUUUUUGCAGUAAGUCGUUCUAGCUCUACAUGUAGUUAAAGAUAGUUCUAUGGGCCUAAUGAAUUAGCUGGCUUUACAAUUAGAAACCCAGUUAAAGCCUAAGAUUGUACUGAAGGCUGACACAACCCUAGGAAAUGAAUAGAGAACAGUAUGAAGAAUAGGCAUACUGAUGUUAGUGCGUAAAGGGUUAAGAGUACAUUAGUUAAUUUGGUUAAUGUAGCGUAUGGAAUCGUGAAAGAAUUGUUGUCGCUGCCGUUGCCAACAAGUGAUCCUUUGAUAUUAUUAUUAUUAUUAUUAUUAUUAUUAUUAUUAUUAUUCAGCUGUCAAUCAACUCCUUCCUUGACUCACGAUGAAUUCCACUUUGGUUGUUGAGACUCGGUUUCUACCAUAAAAUAAAAUAAUUCGGAAAGAUCAUUGUUUUUCAGGUUGUCUGUAAAUACAUAGAAAAUCCGGUUCUGUUUCAUCGCGAAGAUGUUGGUCAAGUCAAGUUUGAUAUACGUUACUUAGUUCUCAUCACCUCAGCAAAGCCCCUUGUGCUCUAUGCAGAUAAAGUUUUCUGGUUACGAUUCGCCAACCAGUAAGUAAGACGAGUUUACGAAAGGUAUUUAAAGAAAUAUUAAACUUUAAACUGAUACAGCUUCAUUUCCCAAGAUUUAAAUACUUUACUUUAUCUCCUUGCUGCCUGGCAUACAUUUCUUUAAAUGCUAGCAGCAAAAAUCUGAUCACAGGCCAGUGUUAUAGAGGAUUCUUAAUAGAGAUAACGGUAGAAUCUUUUCUAUUAUAAAUACAUUCCCAUGUCUCACUCUGUUCGUUAUUCUCACCUUGAUUAAUUCUUACGCUUGUGUUUGUACGCGGUACGUUUCUAUCGGAAUAAAAAACUUUGAUGUCACCUCUCACGUCGUUUAUUUCUUUUAUUUCCAGGCCAUUUUCUUUGGAUUGUUUUGAUGUUUACGCUAAACAUUUCACAGUUAUGAAUUAUCAGGACAGUGAAAAUUUAAAGCAGGUGAGCCCAUGAGUACAGAUAACCCUUGCAACUCCAAAGACUUGGCAGUUUGCGAAAAUACGCUGAAUGUAUCCUUUGUCUCUUACAAACAGGUGCAUCACCACGAGUUCAUUCCUAUGUUUGAAAAGCAAUACCCUGAUCACAGAUGGGCCGACGUCGAGGUAAGCAUGAAAAGAUUUCUAAAUGUUUAAGCCCUUUCCGUCUUCAUUGAACAUAGGGACAACUUAUUUGAUACGGAAAUAUACCCGCCUUUAUUUAAGGUAAAACGGCGUGAAAGCAAAUUUGAAGUUGAUUAUAAUUGGUGAUCCCGUUCUUUUAAUAUAUUUGACAUAUACUUGACAUUUUUUGCCUUUUUUGUUAUUUACAGUCAAAAAUUUUCAAAAUGUUUCGUGAGAUGUUCGAGGCGGCCAUCUGCGACUCGCCACCCAAGAAGUUGAUACACUGUUCACAGGUUUGUGUUUUAACAAGGAUAUUUCUGCUCACACGUUUAUGCAUAUAUCCAGGGGUUUCAAUAACUUUUGCUAUAAUUAUAUAUUAUCCGCACCUCUAUCUUAUGCAGAAAAGUUGAACAGUAUGCAACGUUUAUUCCUUAGCUCAGGACUGAUUUCAACUAUGACAGGAGCAGAUUGCGUCACACAAUGCCCCGAUUAGUUGCUUCAUUAGCUGAGAGUUUCUUUUCUGACAGAUAGUCAGGAUUUCUGUCACAACUUAGUUUGUUAAUCUAGAAUUUGGCUGUGCUUUUGUUGGGUAAACGAGCUCACAUGAAUGAUUCUAACUUGUGAACGAUGCAAGGUGUAUGUGUACCUCAACGGAAACAUUAUGGAAAUGGUAAAAGACUCGAAUGUGCUAGAAUAUUGAAGAACUUCUAUGAGGGACCUCUAUUUAAUGAUUCCAAUAAUUAAUGAAUGAUUGGAUUACUUGAACAGUUUUAAACUGGAAGAACUGUGUCGUUUAUUUUACAGUCUCGUGCAUUUUAUGCUGUUGAUUUGAUGCUCAAAUGGGCGGACAAUGGUAAGUUCGAAACUGAUAAUUUUUAGAUAAACUAACAAAUUUUGCAAACAAAGUUAAUUGAACAGAAGGUUGAGUAACACUUUCUUGUCAAAGCUGACUGAUAGGAGGGACCUACUUGGCCAUUUGCGUCCUCCUUUUCCUAGUGCAUUUGUUCUUUGCUUAUAAAGUUAAUGCUCCUAGAAGGGGCCGAAUUGAACCAGUUUGGAAACGCAAGUUGUCAAAAGUCAGAAUCUGUCUCUAAUUUCAAAUUGGUAAAGUCUUCCUAUGAAAGUCUUGAUUCUUUGUGUGAAAUGCUAUUUUGAGAGCCUUUUUUUUUUUCUUCUUUUUUUCCUUCUUGUUUUUAGCCUCAAACGAAAUAGUGCCUCAAGUUUUGGAGGUAAAUUACUGCCCAGACUGUGAGCGAGCGUGCCGCUAUCAUCCAAAUUUCUUCAACUUUAUUUUUAGUUUGCUGUUUCUCGGAGAUUCAGAUGGAUGGCCUGUUGAAAAGUUAUCAGGCUGAAAACCUUUCAUACAUCACCAUGAGCGUUUUAUUACAUUGUGUUCAAAGUCCUGUGAAACCAUUCUCUUUUAAUUCGAAAGUUUUGUUGGUGUGAAGACAGUCAUAAUAUAAUUAAUACU